AGAGGUGUGGAAAAGCCCAAAGUAACGGUGGCAAAUGCAGCAGCGUUAAAAUCUAGAAACAGCCAAUGCUUGGCUGCUUGCCCCCCUCCGCCGUGUCCCGCCGUGCUCCUCCACCUACCACCGCCACCUAUAAUUAGUUGGAGUAGAAAGUUUAAGGGUGCAGAGGCCACUGUGCUCGUUCCCCACCCUCUGCUAGAAGCCAAAACACCCUUCGCUUUCUUCCCCAUGAUCUGAGAUAAUAAAAAAAAAUCCUGUAAAAAUGGGUAUAUUAUUGCUGUCUGGAGUGAUAUUAUUUUAAAAUUUAUUGCAAAAAAAAAAUUCUGUAUGGGUAUAGAUUUCAGAGAUUCUUGGGAAUCCAAUUGAUAAAUCCGAUGAGUCACAAGACUAGUAAUUGCAGUCCCGGCAGUAGCAUCGGGAGUGACGACCGCUCUGAGAUGUCGGAGGACGCGGAGCCGUCGCGCGCCUCUUCUUCUGCUUCAGAUCUAUCAGGAGGCGCCGCCGCUGCAAAAUCCCGCAUCUGCGCCGCCGGGGGAGGAGACCCCUACUGCACCUCGGAUCACGUCCUGGAGAAUGUGCUGGAAAACGUGCUCUGCUUCCUGACGGAUCGGCGGGACCGGAACGCCGCGUCGCUCGUCUGCAAGUCGUGGUACCGGAUUGAGGCUAUCACCAGAUCCGAGGUCUUCAUCGGCAACUGCUACGCCGUGUCGCCUCAGCGAGUCACGGCUCGCUUCAGCAGGUUCACCUCGCUGAUUCUCAAGGGGAAACCCCGUUUUGCUGAUUUCGGCUUGCUGCCGCCGGAUUGGGGUGCAAGCUUGAGUCCGUGGAUUACAGUCCUGUCCGGGCCCUAUCGUGCACUCCAGAAACUGCAUCUCAAACGCAUGAAUAUUUUCAAUGAAGAUAUGAAGAUGAUGGCUCAAGCUUUCCCCAAUCUGAAGGAGCUCGUACUGGUCUGUUGCGAACAUAUGGGGACAGUAGCUCUUGCUUUUGUAGCCAGUGGGUGCAGGAAAUUAAGGGUGCUUGAUUUGAUAGAGUGUAUCAUCGAAGAUGAUGAUGUGGAUUGGAUUUCAUGUUUUCCAGAAGGUGAGACAUGCCUUGAGUCUUUGAUGUUUGAGUGUGUGGUAUACGAUGUGAAUUUUGAAGCAUUGGAAAGUUUGGUGAUGAGGUCUCCUUGCUUGAAGAAACUUAAGCUGAAUCAGCUUGUUUCCAUUAAACAGCUUCAUCGGCUGAUGCUUAGGGCUCCACAGCUUACUCAUCUUGGAACAGGAUCAUUUAAUCCCUUAGAAGAAGCUGACGGAGAUCAGGGUGGUGGUGGUGACCAAGAAGAACUCAACUAUGCCUCGGCCUUUGCUUCCUGCAAAUCCUUAGUCUGUCUUUCUGGAUUCAGGGAAAUACUUCCUGUUUAUCUCCCUUCCAUAUACCCCGUUUGUGCCAACCUCACCUCCCUCAAUUUUAGCUUCGCCAAUAUCGACGCUGAACAACUUAAAGCAGUCAUUUGCCACUGCCACAAACUGCAGAUUUUCUGGGUGCUUGAUUCUAUCUGUGAUGAAGGGCUCAAGGCCGUAGCCGAAACAUGCAAGGAUCUGAGAGAGCUUCGAGUGUUCCCAACCGAUGCUGAUGAAGACUUAGAGGGCCCUGUUUCUGAAGUUGGUUUUCUUGCAAUCUCUGAGGGGUGCAAAAAACUUCAAUACAUACUAUAUUUUUGCCAGAGAAUGACAAAUGCAGCAGUCAUUACCUGGUCACAGAACUUACCGGACAUUGUGGUGUUCCGUCUCUGUAUAAUGGGGCGGCACAGGCCUGACCCAGUAACUGGUGAGCCUAUGGAUGAAGGGUUUGCCGCAAUUGUCAGGAACUGUAAGAAACUCACCCGCCUCUCUGUAUCUGGUCUUUUAACCGACCAGGCUUUUAGUUACAUUGGACAAUAUGGAAAAUCUUUGCGGACCUUGUCAGUUGCAUUCGCGGGAAACAGUGACUCAGGGCUGACGUAUGUGCUGGAGGGUUGCUCCAAGUUGCAAAAGCUUGAGAUUAGGGAUUGCCCGUUUGGGGAUUCAGCUGCCCGUUCUGGCUUGCGGCACUACUAUAACAUGAGAUUCAUUUGGAUGUCAGCUUGCCCGGUGUCGCGUCAAUGCUGUGAGGAGAUUGCACGCGAGUUGCCAAAUUUGGUGGUGGAAGUGGUUGACUGGAAUGAGCUGGGGAGGAGUGGGAACGAUUUUGAUGUUUUGUACAUGUACCGGUCUCUUAAUGAACCAAGGACUGAUGCCCCAAGUACCGUGCAACUCUAUUGAUGUUAGGAAGAGAAGAUAGAAAGUCUUAAGGGGUUAUGAAUUGGCUUUUUUCCUGCAAAGGUCAUGGCAUGGACCGGCGGAUAUUUGGUUCGGUGGUGUUUUGGUAAUUUUCCUUACUGGACUAUUUCUUUGUCAUUGUUGUUGUUGUUGUUGUUGAUCAUUGUAUUAGAUAAAAGAAAAAGAGAGGAAGCCAUUGACGUUGCAAGGGAAAGGCGAACGAAGGGUGUCAGACAAAAAAAACGGAGACCAAGAAGCGUGUGAUUUGCCUUUGGAUAGACUGGACAUCCAUAUUUGCAUUAUUCCCUUUUGAUAGAAUUGAGCUUCUUUCUUUGGUUUUUCACAUUCAUUGUGUUCAGUUUAGACUUUUAGAUGUGUUACUUUUUUUCUUUAUAUUAGACCUAUUUAUUGUUUUCAGAUCUUUAGAUCCUGUCUGCUGGAUUCAUUUCUUGUUUUUCUAAUAUUUAAUUGGAUAUUCCAUUAUUUAUGAGAAAAAAUGGCAUGAAGAAAAAUGUCAGACAGUAACUUAUUACAUUAUUAGUCAAGGGAAUAGCAGCACAAAUUCUGUCAUCUGCUUAAAGAUCAACUAUUUACAUAUGUAUAUAUAUGUACAGAUUUAUUAUUUGUCUGUUGGAGACAUUGGUAAGUAAAUUAAAGAUGAUAUAUGUAAGUAACAAAUUAGGCUCAAAAUGCUUGGCAGAGGUUACUAGCAGUCAAGUUAGAAGAACACUCCUCAAUAAUUGGACUGGUGCGCCGGACACAUAACCUGCUCCUCUUAGGCUCAGAUAUCCGGCAAUGAGAUACUGCCACUGAGAGUGCAUCAAUCAAACCAGAUUCAUCUGGUUCUUCAUCGUAUUCUCCAUUGAAGCUCUCCGACCACGAGGCAGGAGCUCUAUCUUUUCCAAUGGGACUAUUCCCAGUCACAUUUCCAUUGCGUUCUGGUGUAGAUGUAGUCACAGGUGUUUGAGUUGGUAGACCAGUUUGAUGAUGUUUUGGCUUUGUUUUACUGGACAAUGUCCUCAAUGUGCG